AUGGUUGGCGUACCAGGACGAUCAAAAGCGUGCGUGACAUGCUUGAAGCGGAAAAAAAGAUGCGACUUGGAGAAACCGUUCUGUGGCACAUGCCGCAAAGCCCGCGUCGAGUGCGCGGGGUACUUCCGCCCUCGCAUAUUCAUCAACAACACGGUCGAGGACAACAACAGCCAGCAACUCGUCAAGAAAGACCGAAUCCAGAGCAGUGGGGGUGAAGUUGCUCUGCCUCGUGAGCUAGCACGAACUGCCUACCAGACCAAGUAUAUAGACCUGUUUUGGCGGCUGUACUUGCCCAAUGGCCAGCCGUCCCCUACCCUGGUGCAAGCCACAGCAGGCGGGUGGGUUGAUGCAGUCCAGCACCUGUACAUCUCUGAGAGUGUAUUAAGAAAGACAAUCUUGGCCCUGUCUGUCUCUGGCGUGGGGAGGCAGGAGAAUGAUAGAUUUUUACGGGAGGAGGGCAGUAAGCUCUACGCAAGCUCAUUGAAGGAACUAACAGUGGCUUUGAAGGAUCCGCGGAGGGGGCUGAGCGAUGCUAUCCUUACAGCGGUUAGAUUAGCGGGCUUCUAUGAGUCUGUGUAUGGCACGAACGAUAGUGAGGCCCGACAGGCCCGGGGUUGGCAAACGCACAGCGCUGGUGUGAUUGCGCUUCUUGUAAUGCGGACUCCAUACGCUUUUAUAUCGGGCCACGCUCACAGGCUAUUCACGGAUGGGCGAGCACAUUUGAUAAUGUCCUGCCUCAGAGGAAGGAAGAGGUGCGUCCUCGCGGAACCUCAGUGGAAGACGAUACCAUGGCUUCAGCAAGAAAAGUCUCCCAGAGACCAUCUUAUGGACAUUAUUGCUGAGCUUUCUGGAAUCUUUGAGAAUCUGGACGUGAUGAAGACUUGCGAUGACCCUUUCGAAAAGGAACGCCUCAAACAACAAAUCAUCGAUGGCCUGCUGCAAAUGCAGCAAGACCUGGUAACCUGGCAGGUGGUAUAUGCUCCAGACUAUGAGAUACCCACCAAAAUACCGAAGGAGGUCUCGCCACAGCAGGUUAUAGGCUGUCAUCUCAUGACCUCCUUCUGGGCCACUGUGAUCGUAGCCGUGAGCAACUUUCAAGCCCUAUGGGAGCCAGCGCAGGACAUUGAUCCUAUUUUCGACCUCGAUAUUUGCUGCGGGAAUAUCAUCAGGUCUUUCUUUAUCAUCAUCCAUCCGGCCAUGGGUAUAUUCCGCACUCACCUCACCACCUAUCCGAUGACCGUUGCCAUUCACUAUAUCUGCGAGGUAGGCCCGCAGCGAUUAGCCGAGGAACGACGGAUCCUCGCGGACUGUCUUUGCGAUCCUGCCAUUGCGCAUGUGCGACAGUUUAUCAACAGUAUGAAGGACGAUAUGCCGCUUGAAUUUUUGAAUUAG